GGCUCUUCGGUCGAGUAGGCUAGACGUCACUACAAGUAGGUAAAAUACCUGCGGAGCCUGUUGAGAAAUGUAGAUGAUUUUGUGGUGUAGCCUUCGCAAAAACACCAGUAGAAUAGCCGAGAUUAUGCAAUGCCAUCAGUAAAUUGUCAGUGUGACCAAUAUUCAUAGUUCAAUCCACGUCCUGCUGGCUUGUUUUUCUGCACCUUUUUUUCUCCGCUGCUUUGAGGUAGCCUACACCAUUUUCAGUGUCGGUGAACGCACUGCCCAGAGGCACCACUCCCUGAACUCACCGUUUGUGGCGCGCGCUGCCGUUUUUCAUGCAAACACGCCCAACAACGGUGAACUUCAAUGGUAUGCGCUGCGGGAGUGACCUUGAGAAUUUGUUUGGAAGCCUUACCUUGUUCGCCACCUUGGCACUGAGGCAAAUCCUAAUGUGGCGGAACACACUAAUAUUUUAUGUGUCUUUGCUCCUUCAUUCUGGAUCUCUCCAGGAGCAAAUAUACCCACAGAACUGCAUUCGGAAGGGAGAAUUUGAAGGCGAGUAUUGCCGUAUUACACAGGAGGAAGUUAAAGCAGUUUUAAACCUUCCCUCUUCAGUUUCCUUUCCAUUUGGAGGUUGUGUUCCUUGGCCAUGUAAUUUUUUUCUAGGAGUAACUCCAGACAUUUGCCAACAUUAUGUUCAGCGUCCACAAAAUGUGGUCAUUGAGUUCCUGCCCAAUCCUGAUCCCAAACACGAAACUGCCAUUAUAUCAUGGAACCCCAGUAAAUACGGAAUUGCCUUCCUGCGAGGAUUUCAGGUUUCUCUGCAUGCCUUGGGUGGGGCUCAGGUGGCGUGUCAGCUUUUCCUGGUGCAGCAAAACCAGUCCUUAACACCAUCCCAUUCCCAAAGGGUUUAUUACUCGGACCCCUUCCCCAUUUUGACUCUUGACACUCAGUAUGCAGUGACGGUAAUGGCAUUGCCCGUGCCUGAGGAGUGGGACGAAUUUUACCAGAAGCGUCUGUUCAGCACACGCACUUGCCCUGAGAAAAAUGGACUAGCAAAAUGCAAAAAAGACUGGUAUCCAACAUACAUCGUUAUAGAGCAAAAUGGUCAUGACGUUAAUGUAACCUUCAACCUUGCACCCCCAAAUCUACAGUUGAAUCAAUAUUUUUCAUCGUGCUAUGGUGGGGGUCAAAGAACAUACACAACAUUACAACCAGACAUCAAAAAGAACCACACACACUUCACAUACCGAUUGCCCCGAUUACUUUACUCUGGAGUAAAUUACACUUGUGAGAUAGCAGUUGAUGUGGUAGAUGCCGUCAGGAAAAAGUUUUAUGUUGAGAUAUCGCCAAGAGAGGAUCCCUCUCAAUUACUUCCAGAGAUUAACCCCCUCACCUCCCUGAUUCCUCUUGGCAUCAUCCUGGCCGUUACUCUGGCCACCCUCCUUGCAGUUAUGUGCAAGAGAAAACGGGACAAACUAACCAAGAAGUACGCCACUCCAGGUGGGAAGUGUGUGAAGUAUGCCACUCCAGUGAAUGCUUGUCCAGACAUUUAUCAGCAAUUCCUAGUCAAACCAGAGGAACCGUGUGUGGCUGUGACCACUCCAGUCCAGAACUCUAUGCCCCCCAGCCUGCUGAUAGUCUAUUCAGGCACUGAUGGUCCCGCUCAUGUUCGGGUUGUCCUGCAUCUUGCGGCUUUCCUGCAGAGGCAUAUGGCAAUUAAGGUUUUUCUGGAUCUGUGGGAAUCUCUCAGUCUGAUGGAGGAGGGUGUGCUGGGAUGGUACUGCAAGAAGAUCGUGGAGAGUGACUAUGUGCUGGUCAUCUGCUCUCCGGGCCUCCAUCUGAGACCACAGGAGAAAAAAGACGUCCCAGAGGAAGAAGACCCUCCAGAUCAAAACAUGUCCUCAGCCAUCGUAGCUAUGAUUGGUGAGGAGCUCUGCCGUACAAAAGCCAGGGGCCAAGACCUGUCCAGAUACAUGACUGCGAUGUUUGACUACUCUAAGGAGACGGACAUGCCUGUGGUUUUUAGCCUUGCCUCCCACUACAAUCUCACCACAGACUUGCCGCUGCUCUUCUCCCACCUCCAUGGGCUGGCCCUGCAGCAGCCUGGGGCCUGCCUGCGGAUAGAGCACAUCUCUGAGGACUACUCCAGACUGCCUGCUGGGGAAGCGCUACAGAGAGCCAUCCUGGAGGCUACGUCUGAGCUCAGUGAACAGCAGGAAUGUGAAGAUGAGAAAGGACCCGCAAUUACCACCACCACCACACAUGGAUUCAUUUCAUGAUUUUGAAUGUGUAUACAUGGACUCUGUGAUGGAGCACAAUAACGAGGUCUAAAAGCAACGUUGUCAAAGAUACGGCUUGGGAGCCAGGUCCGGCCCACCAGCCGGAAUAGAUAUUCGACUAUGUAGUAUAGUAUAGUAUAGUAUAGUAUAGUAUAGUAUAUUUACUUUUUUGAUCCCGUGAGGGAAAUUUGGUCUCUGCAUUUAACCCAAU